UGGUCCAAAAAUGGCGAACCCGAUUCCGAAUUCGCCGCUCUCCUUUUCGUCUUCGGGCGAAUAUUUGGCCCAUUCUAGCCCUGAUGGGACUCUAAAACUGUGGCAGACAUCCACAGCAACUCUUUCACAAGAAUACACACCAAGUUCACACUUGUCAGCCACAUGCACGUGCAUAAAUUGGGGUCCGUGGAGGGAUGCAAAAAAUACCCCUAAGAAGAAGAAGAGACGGAAGUCUGGUGCUGGUGAGAGUCUACAACUGGUCGCUCUGGGGACACAGUCUGGAGAUGUGCUCUUAUACAGUGUUGCAAAAGGAGAUCUUCAAAGUCAAAUGACGGAUGGCCACAGUGACAGAGUGAACGAUAUAUCUUGGUGCCAGGAUGGUUAUAAAAUAUUUACUUGUUCAAGUGACCGGCAUAUUGUGGAGUGGGAUGUUUUAACUGGAAAAAUAAAAAACAAAUGGAAAGGGGAUAAAGCAGAGGUGUAUUCCCUUUGUUUAUGUCCUGGAGACAUGUACUUAUUGUCAGCAAGUCGGUCAAUAAAACUCUGGGACUUACAAAAAAGAGAAGUUCUAAAAACAUUUACAGGCCAUGCCACUGAAGUGUUCCGGUUACUCCUGGCAUCAACAAGCCAGGAGUUCUCUCUUAGAAAUUCAUAUGUAAUGUCUGCUGCUGUCAAUGAUCGCCUCUUGCAUGCCUGGAACCUCGAUCCAUCUGCUAAAGACAAAAGUGCUUUAGCAUCAUUUGCACUCCCAGAAGAGCCAGUAUCGAUGAGUAUCUCGAGAUACCAAGAGUCUGAUAAAGCCAUGCUGUUGGCGUCGGUUACUCAGAAUGGUCACUUACUGGUGUUCGAACAUGUGCUAAACGGAAAAUGUAAGAAGUCCCUCCAGCCUAAAGUCUCAAUCCAGAUUGCCACCCCAGGUUGUAAGGAUGAUGUGCCUCGUCCGAUACCAAUCCUCGCUGUGCAUAUCUCUUGUGAUAACCUUAGGAGUCUUGUUAUGGUAUAUGGAAACUUCCUCAAACCUUCUAUUGAAAAACUGGAGUAUGGCAGUUUGGAACAGGAGGUGUGUUUGGUGAGAGACGACCCCUCACAAACUAUCGUGAGGCAGGAGAGUGAAGUUACUAAAAUCAAGACGCCAGAUACAUCAAGGGAAGUGAUGCAACUUGCACCAGGUCACAUGGCCCCCAGCCAACCCACGAUGACUGGUUCGAAGAAGAAGAGGAGGAAGUCCAAUGAGAUGUCGAUGGAAGAUCGAUUGAAUGCGAUGGGAUUUGACCAGUCAUCAGACCAAGCAGCACCAGCAGCCACUCAUCCACCACAGGCGGACACGUUGGCCACACUGCUAACUCAAGGAUUACAGAGUCAGGAUAAACUUAUCAUCAAUAAUGUGCUGCAAACUAACAAUGAGAAAAUCAUCAAAAACACAGUAAGGCGUCUGCCUGUUCCUGUGGUUAUUCCAUUGGUGAAAGAGUUGUCACGGCGGAUGCAUGGACAUGCUCAAGUUGGCCAUGUGUUAAUCAAAUGGGUGAAGAUGGUGCUGACAAUCCAUACAUCUUAUCUCAUGACGUUUCCUGAGAUUGUGGAUACCCUCAGCAGCCUCUACCAGAUGAUGGACUACCGAGUAGGCAUGUUCAGCAGAUUGUCAAAACUGCAAGGAAAAUUGGAGCUGAUGCUCUCGCAGGUGACUAGCCAAACACAGGACGAAGAAGAAACCGUGGCGACACAGCAGCCGAUGUUGAUCUAUCAGGAAGAGUCUUCCGAUGAGGAAAUGGAUAUGGAUGAUGUGUUACAAAGUCAUUCAGAGUCUGAGGAUAACUGGGAAGACCUAUCGGACAUGGAGGUCAAUGAAGCACAGGAGGAAAGCGAUGAGGCACUGGAAAGUGAUGAAGCAGAGAACGGUGCUGAGAUGCAGGAAAGCGAGUCAGAUUCUGAUUGAAGCUUUUAGCCUGUACUCCUUGUCUUGAAUCAGAGAAGAGGACAUGUACUCCUUCAUGAAGCAAUUAAAAAGUUUAAUCACGUAUCGAUGUUAGUCAGUGGUGACAGAAUUGUACAUGCCCUGUUUGAAUCCAGACUUUUGUGCAUUGUCUGUAGAAAAUGAACCCUUUCACGAAACCACAUGAUCACAAUUAAGAGGUGCGGACCAUUUGAUGACAUGUAUUGGUUAUUUGUGCAAAAGGGAAUCUGUGUGACAUUUUUUGUUGGUUUCUCGAAUUCAGUCAAAGGACUUAGUUCCUUGAAAACGUGUACUGUUGGUCACUGAGUCAGACCCUAAAAAUGCAUUUAUUCUCUGUAUAUAAUAUGAUGUACAUUUCCACUUUUAUAAAGAAGGGUCAUUCAGACAGAUGUCAGUGCUAUGAAGCAUAUGUGGUUGAAGAGACCUGUUCAAUUUGUACAUAAAAAGGUGGGGUAACUUUACCAGUGUGACUUGACUGUGAUUUCUUAGAGCCUGAGUUAGGGAGCUGAAAAUGUUUUUGAAUUUACACGCAUUUGAAUGGAAUUCUGUUUAUACUUGUGGAAAUUAGGGAGUGGCUAUGGUGUUCUGAUAGUUUUGAUGGUACCCUGUUAUGGAGUAAGAGUACCAUGGCGCUGUGAAGACACAUUGGUUUUAAUGGAAGUGGUACAAGGUAGUGUACAGUUUAGGACGUAAAAUGCAGGUUGUGGGCUUGGUCAAAAGACUUUCAAAACAGAUACUUUUGAACACAUGUAUAUUUUUAAUUGCUAAAACUUACAUGUACAGUACUCUGCUUUAUGUUGAAUUUCUUUUCGAAACUACAUGGUGAAUCAGGUUCAUGUGUAUAAUUCUGGGGUAAGCUGGUGAAAAAACUAAUAAUGUAUACCUGAGCAGUGUGUACCAGCAGAGAUUGAAUUCUCAAAGUUCGAUUGGCUUGAUCUAAAAUACUUCUAAAAUGUUGUUAUAUUUGACAAUAUUACUGGGGUUCUCUCAGUGUUGAUUUUCAAUGGCCUAUCAAUUCAUUGCAUGGACUCUUAAUAAUUUAUACUGUACGACUUGCUCAGACUCAGUACAUGUCAUUCCUAUAAAAUGAGAAAUUGAAAAAAGGUGAAAAUAGAGUGUAGAUGAGCAGGGUAGGGAAUGUUUUGAUCAGUUAAAAGGGAUUGGAUUGUUCAGUCGUCAUAUUUUCAGAGUUGUGACAUAAGUUCAGAAACACAAAGUUUGUCCUUUUAUUGCUUAUGUAGCAUAGUCAUAGAAAAUCUGUAUUUUUGUAAAAUAGUGAUUGUUCUUGGCCUCUUUUAUUUGUGAUUUCCUCUGGAACUAUUAAAGAAUACUGCCAUCA